GGGGAGUUCGUCCGACUGGACUUGCCACGCUUCCCAUGGACCUUGCUCCCUUCUCCCAGCAUACAUUCGACGCACGGGCAUGGGUGGAGAGCAUUUUGACACCCGAAAAACGCGACGGGGAGACGCUUGAUGCCUAUGUGUCCGCCGUGUCCAUGCAGUUGCAGCUCCUCGCCCAAGAAUUGAACGGGGAGCUCGAACGGGGCAUGAUGGAGCUGACAGGAUCGCUCCCCCGGGCCAUGACCGAGCUCUGUCUUUUGGAAACGUCGGGGAGGUCGUUGGAGCAGGAGCUUGGCCACGUGCUCGCUCAGGUAAAGAGAGGAGGAGGAGGAGGAUUAGGCGGAGGAUUAGGAGAGGGAGAAGGAGGAGGAUAG